AUGUUAGAGGCCAAAUUUGAAGAAGCAUCCCUUUUUAAAAGAAUCAUCGACGGGUUCAAGGACUGUGUUCAGCUCGUGAAUUUCCAGUGCAAGGAAGAUGGUAUAAUUGCGCAAGCGGUAGACGACUCUCGUGUUUUGUUGGUCUCUCUGGAGAUUGGCAUUGAAGCCUUCCAGGACUACAGAUGCGAUCAUCCGGUUACUUUGGGUGUUGAUUUGACUUCGUUGAGCAAAAUUCUACGUUGUGGUAACAACUCAGAUACGUUGACGCUAAUCGCGGAUGAUACACCCGACUCUGUCUUAUUACUGUUCGAAGACACAAAGAAAGACCGUAUAGCAGAGUACUCUUUGAAACUCAUGGAUAUUGACGCUGACUUUUUGAAGAUCGAGGAAUUAGCUUACGAAUCAACUUUAAUGAUGCCAUCCCCAGAAUUCACCAAGAUCGUGCGUGAUCUCAGUCAAUUGAGUGACUCUUUGAACAUAAUGGUCACCAAGGAGACAAUUAAAUUCGUCGCGGACGGUGAUAUUGGGUCAGGCUCCGUCAUUUUGAAGCCAUUUGUAAACAUGGAUAAACCAGAGGAAAGCAUCAAGUUGGACAUGGAGCAGCCUGUUGAUUUGACUUUUGGUGCUAAAUACUUGCUCGAUAUCGUGAAGGGAUCCGCUCUAUCUGACAAGGUAGGUAUAAGAUUAUCAAGUGAGGCGCCAGCUCUGUUCCAAUUCGACUUGAAAAGCGGUUAUUUGCAAUUCUUCUUGGCUCCAAAGUUUAAUGACGAGGAAUGA